GGCCUUGCUCUGGCUGCAGGACGGUACUGGCGUGUGGCCUGCCCGCCGCAGUCAUGAUCCACAGCCUGUUCCUGAUCAACGCUUCGGGGGACAUCUUCCUGGAGAAGCACUGGAAGAGUGUCGUCAGCCGCUCCGUCUGUGACUACUUCUUCGAGGCGCAGGAGAGGGCCUCGGAGGCGGAGAAUGUGCCGCCGGUGAUCCCCACGCCGCACCACUACCUCCUCAGCGUCUACCGCCACAAGAUUUUCUUCGUGGCCGUUAUCCAGAGCGAGGUGCCGCCUCUCUUCGUCAUCGAGUUCCUGCACCGCGUCGUCGAUACUUUCCAGGAUUAUUUUGGUGUCUGUUCAGAGGUGAUGAUCAAGGACAAUGUUGUGGUGGUUUAUGAGGUGCUGGAGGAGAUGCUGGACAAUGGCUUUCCAUUGGCAACAGAGUCUAAUAUUCUUAAGGAACUGAUAAAACCUCCCACUAUCCUGCGAACAGUUGUCAACACCAUCACAGGAAGCACUAAUGUGGGUGACCAGCUUCCUACUGGACAGCUAUCAGUGGUGCCUUGGAGACGUACUGGUGUAAAAUAUACCAACAAUGAGGCGUAUUUUGAUGUGAUUGAGGAGAUAGAUGCAAUCAUUGACAAAUCAGGUUCCACGAUUACUGCUGAAAUCCAAGGGGUGAUUGAUGCUUGUGUCAAGCUGACUGGGAUGCCAGACCUUACCCUCUCCUUUAUGAACCCUCGGUUAUUGGAUGAUGUCAGCUUUCAUCCAUGUGUGCGUUUUAAGCGCUGGGAGUCAGAGAGAAUACUCUCCUUCAUUCCACCUGAUGGAAAUUUUCGGUUGCUCUCCUACCAUGUCAGUGCUCAGAAUCUUGUGGCAAUUCCUGUCUACGUUAAACACAACAUUAGUUUCCGUGAUAGCAGCUCACUGGGACGUUUUGAGAUCACAGUGGGGCCGAAGCAGACUAUGGGGAAGACUGUAGAGGGAGUGAUGGUCACUAGCCAGAUGCCAAAAGGUGUCUUAAAUAUGACCCUCACACCCUCUCAGGGAACACAUAUCUUCGAUCCAGUUACAAAGUUGCUGUCAUGGGAUGUGGGAAAAAUAAACCCCCAGAAGCUGCCGAGCCUGAAGGGGAGCAUGAGCCUGCAAGCUGGGACAUCAAAACCAGAUGAAAACCCCACCAUUAACCUGCAGUUUAAAAUUCAGCAGCUGGCUAUAUCUGGACUGAAGGUGAAUCGCUUGGACAUGUAUGGGGAGAAGUACAAGCCCUUCAAGGGGAUAAAAUACAUGACUAAGGCGGGCAAGUUCCAAGUCCGAACCUAGAGGAUCCUGAUAGUGAGGAAGAGCACUUUCCUGUUUCUCCUGUCCCUGGCUGUUGGAUGCAGCCUCUUACCCCAUCUAUCUGUUUAGGGUUGCUCCCUUGCCUGUAGUAGCAUGAGCAGGAGAGCCAGUGCUUAGGGUGCUGGGGAGCAGGGAAAAGUAAGGUUGACCUGAAACCAUCUCAUCCCUAGCUGAGUCUGAAGUAUUUGGAACAACGGCAGAUGGGAGAGGUGUUCAGGUCCCUUGGAAUUAGCAAGUCAGCUAUAUAAGCUUGUAUCACCUUCAUUUUGCUGUCUUAAAGGAAAUUCUAGAGAUUUAUUGCCUUUUAUAAUCCCUCGUCCUUAUAUUUUGGUUUGCUUUUAUCCCUUUGUAGAUGAUACAAAGUUGAAUUUCUACAAACUUCAACUGCAGUGUGAUGGUCUGGCAUCUGCCCUUCUCCAUCACUGGGCGUUAGGGUGGAGAGCUGUAUAGUUCUUGGCAGCAGAGAGAUCAUCUAGCCAUUCUGCCUCAAAGGGACUGGAAGAAGUGGAAAGGUAGAUUGUCCCACCCAGGAUGGGAAGUUAAGAAGCCUGAGAUUGGGGAUGGUGCCACAGAGGGAGGAAGGGAAGAACUGGAUGCUUUUUCUAGCUAUUUCAUAAGCCAUCUUGGUCAUCAAGUAUCUUGAAUCUCUGAAGAUAGACUGGAAACCAAUCUAAAUCUUAGUAUGGUAUCCUAUGAAGGGCUGACUAUAGCACAUGUGAUCUUGUAACUGAUGGGUGGUGACAUCUGAAUGUAAUUCUGCUUCUCUUCUUAUUUCGUCAGUAUUUGAAGGUAGGGAUUCUCCUAGCUUCUUUGGAGAGUCAGGGAAGAGAGAGAGGCAGGAGAAUUUUUCUGGAGACAUAGCACUCUGAUGGAAACUGAAGCUGUGGCUAAAUGAAGACGAUCGCUAUCCUAGUAACUUGUUGGAACCUCUUUUUGACUCUGCCUACCUAUUACAAAUGAAGGUGAUACUGCUGUUCUCCUGCUCACUGAUGUCUGUGUUUGAGAUAAUUGUGUCCUGGUACCUUUGUAGUGUUUCUGGCUGUCCUACCUCAUUCCAGUUCCUGUACCAAUCAGCUGCUGUGCAGGUGGAUUCAAGCCUACGCUGGAUUUUUUCACUGGGACCAUCUCUUCUGCAGGAGCUGUUGCUGCAUCUGCCCAUUCCAGUCCAUGCUGCAUCUUUCUGUACAGCAUAAAUAUGAAAUGAGAGGCAUCUGCACUGUUCCAUAUUCUGUAAUGUGCUCUUUGGCGACUAGAUGCCCAUGUGUUUUCUCUGUGGCAACAGAACUUGUCCCUAAGCUGCUGUACAUGUGACUACAGCAUCUGUCAGGUGACUGUGGAGUCCAGCAUGUACAGCUCAUGCUUGUGAACAGAACAAGGUGACCAUAAACAAAGGAUAACAUACAUUCUGGUUUGCAUGUGAUGGAUACUUGCAGUGGAUGAGUGGCAUCUUGCUUCUGGAAUUGCAAGUUCCAGUGCAACUGAUGAAUGCCAUAGCAGGUGGCCUUACUGCUGAGCACAUUCAGUGCAAAUAUAACCUUCAGCAAGGGCAUCAAUAAAAAUAUUUUUUUCAUGUCA